ACAUCAGCCGGCAAAACUUUCUUUGUAGCUAGACUUCAGCUUUACUCGUGUCUCUCAGAGAUAUUAGGGAUGUUUCGUCCAACCUUAAAGUCGUGUUAUGUUAACAAAAGUCCGUGCACGCGUGCAGCGAUGUACGCUUUUUAGGUUUCACUUUCAUUUCAUAAUGCGACAGUGGAGCACUUUUUUAUUGCUGAGGGGAGAAAACACUUUGUUGUGGAUUUUUAGAGGAACAUUGGAAACAUUGGAUGGACAGAUGACAAGCGCUGAUACACACACCCUUGAGGUGUGUUUCUGUGAGUCUUCAGUUCAGUUUUCAUUCAGGGUUUGUAGGACUCAACAGGAACAUGGUUCUAGUAAAACUCUUGGUUGUGGGAGUGCAGAACACAGGAAAAACAGCUCUGUGUGUUCGUUUCAUAACCAAGCGCUUCAUUGGUGAAUACGACCAUAAAAAGGAGCUGACCUACAGAUGCACCCGGGUGGUGGAUCAGGAAGCUGUUGAAGUGGAAAUUUUGGACAUAGCUUGUAAGGAAAGUUCAGUUUUCUGACACAGUCAUUCUUUUUGCCCUCCGGCUUCUCUGGAGCCUUCCAUCCACUGGGCUGAUGGGUUCCUGCUGCUCUACUCCAUUACCCAGCGCUUCAGCUUCUUGAGGUUCCAACGAUUAAAGAAACUCAUCGAACAAACCAAACAGAGUCUGGUUGUUCCGACAGUGCUGGUUGCAAAUAAGGCAGACUUGGAAAUUGGAAGACAAGUAACAACAGAAGAAGGACAGAAACUCGCCAAGGAUCUAAGGUGUGGUUUCAGGGAGCUGUCUGUGGGCGAGGCUGUAACACCUGUGGAAGCUGCAGUGUUUCAGCUGAUCAGGUUGGUGUUGGAUCACCAGCGUCCUCCUGAUCGUCGGUCCUACAUGCUGAGUGUCCGCCACGCUUUGACCAAGAAACUGAUUCGAUCUAAAACCAUGCAGUGGUGA